AGCGUCAGGUCUCAGUCGGUCGGUCGGUGCCCGUGUGUUUGGGCCACGCGGACCACCGAGCCACGGCUGGGUGCAGUGACAGCCCAGAACGGACCCAGGUCGCGGGUACCGGCUCGGAAAAACAGUCUGAACCUUUUAUACUGAACACAGUGAUCUUUGACAUCUCCUAGACAAGACAAGAAAGUAUUGGGCAGUGAUUUCUUAGAAGAUUUAUCAGGCCUUGAUCAGCAGGACCAGAUCGGACCAAGAGCCUUCAUCGAGUGUUCGAAGUCCGGAAAGCUGUGAUUAGCGGCCAUGAAAGAAAUCAGUAGGCUGGGACGCUAUGGAGCUCUGAUCUGCUUGCUGGUGGCGUGCUCUAUUGCAGGAAAGCGGCAUUAUAACGUCUACAGAGAGGAAUACUAUUUUUUGAAAGCCCAAGUGCCGUACACGCCUCUACAAGUUAGGCUAUGGGCGAACCGCACCAGCACGAGGACAGUGCAACUGACGUCCUCCGCGUACCGGUGGACGUUCGGCCGGGCCGUUACCCCGGUACUCAAGUACGCGGGCUCCGGCCGGUACCUGGCCACCCUGGGAGAUGACGAGCCCCUCCUGCUGCCCGACGCCUCCCAAGCCAGGCGCUACCUGAGGAACAUCAUGGAGAGCCUGGUGAAGCCGUCGUUCCUUGUGCCGCUCCUCAGCACAGUGUUCGUGGUGUGGGAUACGACGUUUGUGAAACACAGGCGGGGAAAGGAAUUCAUCGCUGGGUCUCCGAAGAGGGCCUUUCCAACCAUACUGCGUACGAAGUCUCCUGGAGGAGCGCCCUCAGAACCUGUGAAUUAUACCAAAUCGGCCACUGAAUUAGCGGAUGAUCUACCGUUUCUGGAAACUAUAAAGCCUUUCAAGACACCAUCAAAUGAGGCUCCAACAAAACCUCCUAUCGAACCACCCACACUGCCACCAGCAAUGCAUCCCGUCAAGCCAGCUACAAUUCCAACCGAACCUCCAACAAUGCCUCCAACUGAACCUCCAACUAAACCUCCUACCGAACCACCUACAAGACCUCCAACCGAACCUCCAACAGCACCUCCAACCGAGCCUCCAACACGACCUCCUACAGAACCUCCAACAAUGCCUCCAACCAAACCUCCAACAAUACCUCCCACCGAACCUCCAACAGCACCUCCAACGGAGCCUCCUACUAAACCUCCUACUGAGCCUCCUACACGACCUCCUACAGAACCUCCUACUAAACCUCCUACAGAGCCUCCUACAGAACCUCCAACCGGGCCUCCAACAGAACCUCCAACAAUACCUCCAACAGUACCUCCCACCGAACCUCCAACAAAAUCCCCCGGCACCGAACCUCCAACUAAGCCUCCGACAGAACCUCCAGUGAUACUUCCUCCAACCGCUUCCCCCACACUUCCUCCCACCGAACCACCCACCGAACCACCCACCCUGCCACCCACCGCUCCCCCUACUAAACCCCCUCCAACCUCUCCCACGGCGUCCCCAACCCCGAAACCCUCCACCACCACCCCGUCCCCUAUCCUAACCGCGCUGAACAACCCCACGCUGAACGUCGAUGACCUCAUCGCGGCCAUCAGUAAGGACCCCGGAGCGGUGACGACCACUUCGUCGGGAACGUCGCAGAGCACGACCCGCACCACGACCAGCACGUCCAGAAACUCGACGGAGCAGACACGGUCGUAGGACUUCUGCAAGGACCUGUACUAGGACCUGUCGCCUGGACGUGCUGCUUUGUGGAUACGUUCCACUGGGAAGACGUUACGCGGAGGCGGGGCAAGACGAAAAAUGAUAGCGUGGGCUGUAGUUGGGGAGAGGUGUAGAAGCUUCUAAAUGCUAGAACUCUUGUCGACCAGUGCCACAUUCGGUGCAGCCUUAGGCUGUAAAGGUUGUAGUUGCACGGUCAUCGAACAGAAAAAACGUACUUUGUACUUCAGGAUUAUGACGUGGCGGAAUUAUGCGAAGGUUUCAUGCAAGAAAAAUUAAAGCUUAAAUACAGUCUUUUACAUUCAUA